AUGGAAAAAAUAUUCGACUACUGUUGGAAGAAUCACAUCAUCAAUGUUAAUGUCCAAGUACAAAAAGCAUCUGGAGAAAUAAUCAUCUACACUUAUUUCCCCUUUCAAGAGUCAAGUUGUGGGAAUACGAAACCUGUUGAAAUCAAUCGAUUCAUUAAUGAAACAAUGGAAAAUGAUAUCCUCUUCCCAUCAAAACUACAAAAUAUGUACCAGUGUCCUUUGAGAGCUGCCAUUUGGGAUACUGCGCCAUUUGUAAUGUUAGAUUUUAAGAAAACUGGACGUAAUAUUAUUAGUGGAUUUGAGGGAAAACUCCUCUUGACUCUAAGUGAGCUUAUGAAUUUCAAAAUAGAUAUUUCAGUGCCACCGAAUAAUGAAAAGCGGGGGACAGUUUCACGACACAAAAAAACAGGAGCUAUAGGAAUGCUCCAAAGAAAUGUAGCAGAUUUGAGCUUGGGUUGUUUUUGGUAUUCCGAAAACCGUAGUCGAAUACUCACCGCAACCCACGCAUAUUUCCAAUCGUCCAAUGUUGUUCUUCUACUUUCAGAUUCUCCAAUUUACAAGUCGAAAUAUGCCUUGUGGUUUCCAUUUGAUUGUCAAGCUUCAUUGAUUCUAUUCGCAACAUUUAUCAUCAAUCUAGGACUCUUCUACUACCUAACAGGAUUGACAAGCAAAUGGUCCUUAUUAAUGACCGAAGCUAAAAAUAGAGGUAUUUGGUUAAAUUUCUUCGCUUCCACCUUGGCAAUGCCUACUUCGAUUAAAGGACUCCAAAGGACCUCGAUAAGGAUUUUUAUUAUGGCUUGGAUAUUAUUCACUUUGGUUGUACGCACAAAGUACGGUGCGGUAAUUUAUCACCUCAUCCGGAAUAAUCUAUUUAUUAAACCACCCACAUCAAUAAACGAAAUUCUCAAUCUUAAUUACACACUCGCUAUGAAUCGUGUCGGUCUCGCAGAAACAGGUGAAACGUCAAUAGAUAACCGACUUAAGAGAGCAAUUGUUGAGGGAAAUCAUGCAAAUAUGGUUUUCGAAUAUCUUGAGGAACGCCCGAAUGAGAAGAUUAUAACUAUAAUUCCAUUGGAAUUUCUUUUGUAUUAUUUGGUGAAAUAUCGAAAACUUGGAGUAUUCAAGAUUUUUAAAGAAAAGUUUACCACACAGAAUUCUUGUAUUUACCUGACGAAACAUUCCUAUUUGGCGGAUAAAAUUAAUUCCUUGCUGUUAAGAAUUAAUUCGGUGGGGCUAAUGAAUGCUUGGGUAGAACAAUCAAUUGAUUUUUCCUAUUUCAAGGGGAAACGCCAACCGAAGGUAAUGACAAUUGGGCAUGAGAAAUUGAUUGGAGUUUAUUUCCUUUGUGGUUUGAUGUUGGUGGUAGCGUUUGUGAUUUUUUGUUUGGAAAUUCUAUCGAAAAGGCUGAUUUCUAAAGGUGCUGAUAUUGCUAUCGGAGGAUAUAGUGGAUCGGAUCCUAAUCGGAGCAUUAUAACACCAUCAGUAUUAUAUUACCAUACACCGAUUGUUUUUGUUAUCCGCGGGAAAAGGGAACUAGAUUGUGUCAAUCGACUUUUUCGUCCGUUCAGCGUUCCUGUUUGGCAAUCUAUUGGAAGUCUCUUGCUAGCUGGAGCUUUUUUGAUACAAUUUUUAAGGAUUUUCAAACAACCGGAAAGAGAACUAAUAAUCGGCGAAAGAAACUUAACGCCAUUAAUGAACUUUCUAGCAGUUUUCUUGGGAUAUCCAGUGACAAGAAUUCCUCAAGGAAUUUCAGCAAGAUACUUACUGAUACUCUGGCUUGCCGUAACACUAAUUCUCCGAAGUGCCUAUCAAGGUUCCUUGUACGAUUCUAUUCGAAUUGAUCGAUUUGAGAAAGUUCCUCGAAAAUACAACGAACUUUUUCGCCAAAACUACAAAAUUUUUAUAACAAAAUUCUAUCGUAGUGUUGCCGAUGAUAUGUUUGUUGGAAAUCAAACUAUUGUUUUAAGUAGCAACCAUUAUGGAAGAUUGGAAAUGCUCGAAGCAAUGGAUGGAAAUUAUGGAACUGUUGCUCUGCGAGAUCAUGUUAUUAAUUAUUUGGAAAAAAAUUUCCGCAACGGUUCUGAUUUGAGAAUUAUUGAAGAAACAGUAUUUCAAUUUCGAUUUGCAUGGUAUUUGCAAAAACAUUCAAUCUUUGCACCAAUUGUUAAUGAUUAUUUACUACAAUUUGGUUAUACUGGAUUGCCAAAUGGCACUUUGCUCUUAAAUAAUGUACACUUUUCAUGUAAUCCUUGUGUCAUCGGAGGUUGA